CGGCCUCUUACAGUACCCCCUGAUAUGCUGACUAACAACCACUCAACGCGUCAUUUCAAGCGCGUCUCCAAAUCCAAAUAGAGGCGGCGACCAAAAAGGCGACUGCAUUGGUACUCUCUGCGGAAUUUUUGGAGUUGCAAUCACAGGAAUGGGGAAACAGCCCGCGUCAACCCCUAUGCCGUCGCAAGGGAAACAGACUGCAAUAUCAAGCUUCUUCACCCGUAAGCCACCGACAAGCUCUCUACCCGCUGCCAGCUCGCAAACAAAACCUCCACAAGAACCUUCGAAAGUACCAAACCUCUACAAUGCCGACUCAGAUGACGACGAGGAUUUGUUCGUGGCACCAAGAAGGAGUUCGGCAAAGAGACCUUUGGCAGAUGUUUCUGAUGAGGCGAAUGGGAGGAACAGCACAAUAGAGCUACAAGCGAAGAGGAAGAAGCCGGAGGAUAACAGUGAAAGCAGCAGCGCAUUAUUUCUGGCAAAACCUCCAGUAAAACCGAAUACAGUGUCAGCGAAGCCUAUCAUAUCUCCACGGACGGAGAAAUUUGUGUAUACAGGAUCUAGCCAAAUUGCCUCCAGCGACCAGGCUGCAAUUCCGGAAGAGGAGCCUACUGCUGCCGAGAAGGCACGAAAGGAGGAGAUACACAGACAGUGGGUUAAGCGAAUUGGGGGCAUACAGAUUGGGAGAAGAUAUGAUGAUGCUACUCCAGCCCCAGCUGAUGGCGAUGGUGAUGAGGGAGAGGAGGAAGAAGAAGUCCCCGCUCCAAAAGCGAAGAAGAAAGGGGCAAAGACCGGUAAACUUACUCCUCUGGAGUUGCAAGUCCUGGAUAUCAAGCGCAAACAUAUGGACACACUGUUGAUAGUUGAGGUCGGCUACAAAUUCAAAUUUUUCGGAGAAGAUGCAAGAGUUGCUGCCAAAGAACUGAGCAUUGUUUGUAUUCCAGGGAAGUUUAGAUAUGAUGAGCAUCCAUCUGAGGCACACUACGAUCGUUUUGCUUCUGCCAGUAUACCUGUGCAUAGAUUGCCUGUGCAUGCGAAACGUUUGGUGACUGCUGGAUUGAAGGUUGGCGUGGUAAGACAGAUUGAGACCGCAGCCUUGAAGAAAGCGGGCGACAACAGGAACGCACCUUUUACACGCAAGCUCACCAAUGUAUAUACCAAGGGUACAUAUGUGGAUGACAUCGACUCUCUGGAUCAACCAGCCGAAGGGGCUCCUUCGACCGGCUACCUUCUCUGCAUCACUGAGUCCAAAGUUAAAGGCUGGGGGACAGAUGAAAAGGUUGAAGUUGGCAUACUUGCUGUUCAGCCGUCAACAGGAGAUAUCAUCUACGAUACUUUCGAAGAUGGUUUCAUGCGGAGCGAACUUGAGACCAGACUUCUUCAUCUUGCGCCUUGCGAGUUCUUGAUCGUUGGUGAUCUUACAAAAGCUACAGAUAAGCUCGUCAAGCAUCUGUCUGGAAGCAGUACAAAUGCUUUCGGGGACAGAAUUCGUGUGGAACGAGUGCCGAAAGGCAAAACCAUGGCUGCGGAAUCUCACUCUCAUGUUACUCAAUUCUAUGCCGACAAGCUCAAGGCCCAGGAAAAUGAGACAGAGAAACAACGAGAACAGAGCUUGCUGGACAAAGUCCUUAAGCUUCCAGAACAGGUCACUGUCUGUUUGUCGGCAAUGAUAAGUCACUUGACGGAGUAUGGACUCGAACACGUUUUUGAUCUUACGAAGUACUUCCAGUCAUUCAGUACUCGAUCACACAUGAUUCUGAACGGCAACACAUUGACAAGCCUGGAAGUCUAUCAAAACCAGACGGAUCACACUGAGAAAGGAAGCUUAUUCUGGACCUUGGAUAAGACGCAAACGCGCUUCGGCCAGCGUCUUCUCCGAAAAUGGGUCGGGCGCCCUCUCCUAGACAAGACACAGCUCGAAGCUCGUGUAUCGGCGGUGGAAGAGCUCAACGACGGCCACCAAACCCCCAAAGUCGACAAACUCCAUGCUCUUCUGCGAAAUAUCAGGGUUGACCUUGAGAGAAGUCUGAUCAGGAUCUAUUAUGGAAAAUGUACCCGUCCAGAACUGCUCACGGCACUCCAAACGCUCCAGCGAAUCUCCAAUGAAUAUUCCUACGUACGAAGUGCAGCAGAUGCACCUUUCAAAUCUGAUCUUAUCACCGCCGCUAUUGCAAGUCUCCCCAGCAUCUCUGAGACUAUCAUCUCCUUCCUUGAUCAGAUCAGUGCCGAGGCAGCACGCCAAGACGACAAGUACGCCUUCUUCCAUGAAGACCAUGAAACGGAUGCCAUUGCAGACCACAAGCUAGGCAUCGCAGCCGUCGAACAAGAACUCGAUGCCCACCGUGAGGUCGCAACAGAGACUCUUCGGCAGCAUAAGAAAGUCUCCUACACAACCGUAGCAGGAAUAGAAUACCUGAUCGAAGUAGCUAAUCAAGAUCUAAAGCGAGUCCCAGCAUCCUGGAGCAAGAUAUCUGGCACGAAGAAAGCCUCUCGCUUCCAUACCCCAGAGGUGAUCCGCCUUAUACGGGAAAGAGACCAGCAUAAAGAAUCUCUUUCCGCAGCAUGCGACAUAGCAUUCCAAGCUCUCCUAUCUUCAAUAGCAGCUCACUACGGUCCACUACGCGAUGCUAUCUCAGCACUUAGCACACUAGACUGUCUCUUGUCUCUUGCUACCGUAGCUGCGUUUCCAGGCUACACAAAGCCGACGUUCUUACCUUCUUCGCCCGGUUCCCCAACAGUGAUAAACAUCGAGGGCGGUCGGCACCCGAUGGUCGAACAACUCCUCCCAUCAUCAUACAUCCCGAACAGCACAUCUCUCUCGAACGGCCGCUCUGAACCCACGUCGCCAUCCACCCGUGCCCUCCUAAUAACCGGACCCAACAUGGGCGGCAAAUCCUCCUACGUCCGCCAAGUCGCCCUCAUCUCCCUCCUCUCCCAAAUCGGUUCCUUCGUCCCCGCAGACUCCUGCUCCCUCACCCUCCUCGACGGAAUCUACACCCGCAUGGGCGCCUACGAUUCAAUAAUGACCUCGCAAUCCACGUUCCAAGUCGAGCUAUCCGAGACCUCGUCCAUCUUAAAAUCAGCUACAAGUCGUAGUCUGGUUAUUCUGGAUGAGUUGGGGAGAGGGACGAGCACGCAUGAUGGUGUGGCUAUUGCGGGGGCGGUGUUGGAUUGGGUGGUUAGGGAGACUAAGUGCCUGUGUUUGUUUAUUACGCAUUAUCAGAGUUUGGCGAGUGUUGCGAGGGGAUUUGAGGGUGGUGAGUUGCGGAAUGUGCAUAUGAAGUUUAGUGCGGUGGAGAAGGAGGCUGAGGGGGCUGGUGAGGAAGAGAUUACGUUUUUGUACGAGGUCGGUGACGGUGUGGCUCAUCGUUCGUACGGAUUGAAUGUUGCGAGGCUGGCGAAUGUACCACAGGCGGUGUUGGACAAAGCUGCAUUGAAAUCACAUGAACUAGAGAUGGAGGUCAAGCAGAAGAAAAUGGUCAGUCUGGCAAGAUUGAUGAAUGAUGUACUAGCUAUAAAAGAGGGCUCCGACCUGCAGGAGCUAGUUGUGUGUAUGGAAGAGCUAUAGUGUAUGAUACAGGCUGGGAAGAAAGUAGAUAUAAUAGCACGUCAUGAUACCCCGUCCUCAUCCCUCAUAAUUUCGUAAAGCUAAAGUAAGCAAUGAAGAAGCUGUGAAAACAUAAGGGAGAAUGCAAGCAAUAAGAAAAUCCGGAACGCCCUCGAGACCAAACUCCUAGGUAUGUCGAAAUUCGUGUCAGAGUCGUGCUGGAAGUUGAAUAUAUUAGAUGCCAAAGUUGUUGCCACUGGUGGUGGUGCUAUCAUGGCGUGGGCCCAUGCUGUGGCUUUGUUGUUGACUCAUAUUAGCCAUAGGGUUGGGUUGUCUGUUGAAGUCGGUAAUAAAGUUGGAGCCAAAGCCGCUCGGGGACCUGGCAUCGCCAAAGCCUGUGUAGCCGAAAGGACCUCCACCAUAGCCGUAGGUUCUGGCAUAGUUCUGAUGGAAUAGAGGGUUGGAAACCCCCUCGUGGUAUGCAUGUGGUGGGUAAACUUGCGAAUCGGAAAGAGCACGUCGGUUUGGAUGGUAGGUCAGCAUCUCAGCUUGACCGUUCUCCUUGCCACUGGCGCGAUACAUUGUUGGUCUGGGGACUGGGGUAGGUGACGCAAGGGUAUGGUUCGAGUUCAUCGAAUUGUUCGGAAAUGUAGGUAAACCAUGAGAACCGAAGAGCUCGAAUCUGUGAUUGGGUUUGGUUAGCAUUAGAGAUAGUCUUGGACAGAGUGGUAACUUUGUACCGAUGAUCUUCCAGAG